AUGUCGCAACCACCACCGCCACCACCACCGAUCGCAGGACAAACACCACCUCCAAGACCUCCAUUCCCUGCAUCUGGUCCAAUGCCACCAGCAUCCAUGCCUCCAGGCGGUGCUCCACCACCUUUUCCUCCACCACCUGGUGCUGUACCUCCUCCUGGCGCGCCUGCUGUACCACCUCCACCACCUCUCAUUGCAGCCAUUCCUGUUUCAAAACGUACUGUAAACACCGUGCCUAGCCGUACUGUCUACGCAAGCAAUCUCAAUGAGAAAGUGAAGCUUCCAGUGUUGAAGAACACAUUACGAACCAUGUUUAGCCAGUUUGGUGAAGUUUUGGACAUUGUGGCAUACUCCAACAUCCGUAUGAGAGGUCAAGCAUUUAUCGCAUACGCCGAUGAGGAAAGCGCAACCAAGGCCAUCAAGGAGUUGCAGCACUUUGUGCUUUAUGGCAAACCAAUGGUUGUGCAAUAUGCAAAGAACAAGUCUGAUGUCCAUGCGAAGAAGGAUGGUGAUUUUGAUGAGCAUUACAGUGAACGCAUGAAGCGAAAAGAAAUGCGAGCAUCGCUUCCACUUCCUGGAUCACACAAGCCUACUUUCAAACCACCUCGAUCAUCUGCUGGUCCUGCUAUAUCGAAUCCACAAAUUCCAGACGAGUACUUGUCACCCAACAAGAUUUUGUUUUUGCAGAAUUUGCCAGAGUCUAUCACGCAACAGCAAAUUGUGGAUCUUUUCUCAAGGUAUCCUGGUUUCCGCGAAGUGCGCAUGAUUCCUACCAAAAAGACCAUUGCCUUUGUCGAGUACGAAAACGAGAUGCAAUCGCACAUUGCCAAAAACGAGUUGUCUGCACACCAAUUCGAACCCGAUCAUCCUAUCAAGAUCACCUUUGCCAGAAAAUAG